UCCCCUUCACUUGCAAACGCAGGGAAAGGGUGAGACCUUUCAAAGCCGCCAAGCGGGCAAGCUUCCAGCAGCAGCCUGGGAGUGAGCAAGCAAGCGGCAGAGCCACCCAGCCGGGCGGCGGGGCAUUGGGCCUCGCGUUUCAACUUCUGUUCUGUUCUCCUGUAAUGGAAAAUUGCUUUGCACAAAGCUAGAGUGUUACAGUUCUUUCCAGCACCCCUCCCCCCCCACCACCCCGCCCCUCAGCAGCCUUCUGAUCAGAGGGACAGCGCCCGCAGGAAGGUGGAAGGAGGGUAGUUGCGGUUUCUUACUAUGUCCCUUGCUUCAGGGCCUGGGCCUGGGUGGUUACUCUUUUCCUUUGGAAUGGGACUGGUAUCGGGGUCAAAGUGUCCAAAUAACUGUCAGUGUCAAGCCCAAGAAGUGAUCUGCACAGGGAUCCGGUUAACCGAAUACCCCCCAGACAUACCCCUGAACACCCGGAGGCUGUACCUGAAUGAUAACGGCAUCACUUUUUUGCCAGCGAUGACUCUGGGACUCCUCAGUGACCUUGUUUACUUGGACUGUCGGAAUAACCUGAUUCGCGAGGUGAUGGAUUAUACCUUCAUCGGGGUCUUCAAACUCAUCUACCUUGAUCUCAGCUCCAACAACCUAACCUUGAUCUCCCCAUACAGUUUCUCCGUGCUCAGCAACCUGGUGCAGCUGAACAUUUCCAACAACCCUCACCUGUUAUCUCUCAACAAGUACACCUUUGCCAACACCAGCUCUCUGAGGUACCUGGACCUCAGAAAUACCGGCUUGCAGACCUUGGACCAUGCUGCCUUCCAUAGCCUCGUAACACUACAGACCCUGUAUCUGAGCGGAAACCCAUGGAGGUGCAACUGUUCUUUCCUGGACUUCACCAUCUACUUAAUAGUGUCCCAUCUGAACCAUCCAGAUGAUCAAAAUGCCACGUGCACGGAGCCCACGGAGCUGGCGGGGUGGCCCAUCACGCAGGUGGGGAACCCGCUCCGCUACAUGUGCAUCACGCACCUGGACCGCCAGGACUACCUCUUCCUGCUGCUCAUUGGCUUCUGCAUCUUCUCGGCGGGCACGGUGGCCGCCUGGCUCACAGGCAUGUGUGCUGUGCUCUACCAGAACGCCCGGCGCAAGUCGAGCGAAGACGAGACCGAGGACGAACACGGCCAGCGGGGGAACGUCAGCGGGCGGAUCUUCAGAAGCAGGGUCGACUCGGCCCAGGACGGGCUCCCUCAGCUGAUUUAGCACGGCUCUCGGACGUGCCUUUCCCAAGGCUCCCCGCCUUCUCUCCGCCCUCCCCUCCCACUCCCUCACAGCUGUCUGAGACACUGACACCUAUUAGUAAAGCAAAUAAAAUGUUUGGUGGCCAUUUCA